AUGAGUUUAUCUAAAGAGCAGCUGACGGCGGCCGCCACAGAGCUACCACGCCGGCCUAAAUGCACCAGAUGUCGCCACCACGGGAUCGUCGUCCCCCAGAAAGGUCACAUGAAGUUUUGCCCCUUUGUUGACUGUGACUGCUGGAAGUGUUAUCUCAUCAAACAGCGGACCCGGCUCACAGCCCUGCAGCGGAACCUCAACAGACCCCAGAAUAAACCCCAAAAGAAAGAGCAGCGAGCCGGAGCAAGUGGGGUGAAACCAGCAGGUGAGAGGACCCCUGAAGGUAGCACCGCAGCUCUGAUGGGAGAUGCCCCCCCUUUGGCUCCGGAGAGACCCUCCCUUGCAGAAGGAUGGAGCUCUGCCGCCGGAGGAGAGCGCGUGGCCAGCCUGUCCCUCCCCGCUAACACCGCCGAGGAAGGCCCAUGUUCACCUUUUAGCCCACCAUGGUUGCCAUCCAUGCCUGCUGGGUACAAUGACGGCCUCCGUGGACCCCUGACAUUCCCCCACUUCCAGCAGGACGGUCUGCAUUAUUCACCAGAGCCUGGACCUCCCGCUAUUAGUGAUUACAGACAGGUCUUUUUCACUCUUCAGCCUACAUUACCGGAGCCCCACCAGGAGGAGCUGUUGAUGUCGAAGCAACCUCCUCAGCCUCCUCUGCCCAAACACGCCGAACAAAACAUGGAAGAUUUAGUGUUGAAACUUUAUGAAGAAUUCCAGGAGGACACCGCACCCAUCCGGCCUUCAUGCCACUAUGCUGGUGGGAUUUUCAUCAGACCGAUAAAUGCUGACAACAGCAACUUCAAGCUGCCUCCUGAGAGUAGCUGCAGACUGCCAAGAGAUGUCGUUGCCACAUUCAGCAACUUUGUCAGGUCUGAAGUGCCACAACAAAAAGCUCUUCAGGCCAAGAUGGACUCCAUCAGUCAAGAUACUGAAAUGAAGCAAAACGGCUACACAGAAGUCCACAAACCUGUGGGUGGCAUAUUUCUGGAGAAGACAAAGGAGAAGAUAACCAUAUAUCAAGCCAUGAAAAAACGUCUGCUAAAGCCAGGAACAGCAUUAGCCCUGCUUGAAGCACAAGCUGCCACAGUGGGUAUUGUAGACCCAAUAAACAAUCGAAUACUUUCUGUUGCAGAUGCUGUUAAAGAGGAAAUAGUUGGGCCUGAGAUGAAAGAGAAACUCCUUACAGCAGAGAAAGCCAUCAGUGGCUAUGUAGACCCCUACACCAACCAAAUGAUAUCUGUAUUCCAAGCAAUGCUUAAAGAUUUGGUGCCCAGAGAUUAUGGAUUGAGGCUGCUUGAAGCACAGAUAGCCACAAAAGGCCUGUUUGAUCCUGUGGAGAAGACACAUAUUUCAGUUGAAACUGCGAUUAAGAAGGGCUACUAUGAAAAAGGUUUGCUCAGUGACCAUAUGUCAGAACUCAAAGUGUUCUACAAUCCAAGCUCUCAAGAAAAUCUCAACUACCAAAACCUCCUGGAGAAAUGCAUUACAGAACCUGACACAGGCCUGGUGCUCCUUCCUGUCUGCAUCACCUUCAAAGGUCUGCGAAGAGGCAUCUCCUCCACUGAACUUUUUGAAUCAAAGAUCAUUGACAAAGAAACAUUUGAUGACCUACAGAAAGGGAAGACCACAACACAGGAUGUGAUGUUGAUGGAGACAGUGAAAGAAUACCUGGAGGGCAAAGGCAGUAUUGCAGGCAUUGCAGUACUCUCAUCCAAUCAGAGAAUGAGCAUUUAUGAAGCCAUGAAGAAAGGCAUAUUGAUGCCUGGAACAGCACUAGUUCUACUAGAGGCACAAGCAGCAACAGGAUUCAUGAUUGAUCCUGUAGAAAAUAAAAAGUUCACUGUGGAUGAGGCCAUCAAAAACAAACUUUUUGGCCCAGAAUAUCAUGCAAAGCUGCGUUCCACUGAGCGAGCAGUAACUGGAUACAAAGACCCAUACACAGGUGACACUAUAUCCCUGUUUCAAGCACUGUCAAAAGAUUUGAUUGUAAAAGAACAUGGGAUCCGCCUACUUGAGGCGCAAAUCGCCACAGGUGGAAUAAUAGACCCAGUCAACAGUCACAGACUUCCUACAGAAGUGGCCUUCAAAAGAGGUUAUUUCGAUGAAGAAAUGAACGCCAUACUAGAGGAUUCCGGGGAUGACACCAAAGGGUUUUUUGACCCAAACACAGAAGAGAAUCUCACUUAUCUUCAGCUAAUGGAAAGGUGCGUCAUUGAUCCUGUCACCGGACUGUGCCUCCUUGCUCUCCUUGAUAAGUCAGACAAGUUGAAUUUCAACUUCAUCGAUUACCAAACUAAAUUCGCCUUCAAAGAGGAGAGAGUGAAAGUAACAUGUGGGAAGUACAUGGGAAUGACAGUUUCUCUAUGGGAACUACUGAUGUCAGAAUACUUUGAUGAACACCAGAGGCGAGAUAUCAUUCAGAAAUACAGAGAAGGAAAGCUUAAUAUCAAGAUGAUCAUUACAAUUGUCUUGGAAGUCAUAGAGACAUCUGUGAAAACAACUAAAGUCGUCUUUGAGGGCAUCAGAGAAACUGUCACAGCCAAACAGCUUGUGGAGGCAGACAUCAUUAGUGAGGAGGUCCUAGAGGAUCUGGAACAGGGAAAAAAGUCUGUGAAGGAAGUUAUAGAAGAUGAAAACAUAAAAGUGUACCUACAGGGGACAGACAGUAUUGCAGGUAUUCUUCUUCCGGAUUCCCAAAUCAUGACCAUCUACCAGGCCAGACAAAAAGGGAAACUGAUGCCAGGAACUGCUCUGAUUCUACUGGAGGCACAGGCAGCCACAGGGUUCAUUAUUGACCCAAUUGGGAACAGAAAGUUUUCAGUGGAUGACGCUGUCAAAGCAAAGAUUGUGGGCCCUGACAUCUGUCAAAAGCUGCGUUCGGCAGAGAAAGCAGUCACUGGGUACAAAGAUCCAUAUGAUGGCAAAAUAAUCUCUUUGUUCCAAGCCAUGCAAAAAGACCUGAUCCUAAAAGACCAUGGAAUUCGACUCCUGGAGGCACAAAUUGCCACUGGUGGGAUCAUUGACCCUGUGAACAGCCAUCGCAUUCCUGUCCAUGUGGCCUACAAGAGGGGAUACUUUAAUGAGGAAAUGAAUCAGAUCCUGAGUGAUCCAAGUGAUGACACCAAAGGAUUCUUUGACCCAAACACUCAGGAAAACCUGACAUACUUGCAGCUCAUGGCCAGAUGUGUCACAGAUCCCAGUACAGGUCUGUGCCUCUUGCCACUCAAAAGCAAAAAUAACAAAAUUAACAUUAAUGAUAACACUAAGGAAUCAUUCAGAACAACAACAAUAGCUGUUAAGUAUGGCAGAUUCAGAGACAAGCACACAACAUUGUGGGAUCUUAUCAAUUCAGAGUAUAUCUCUGAGGACAAAAGACAGGAGUUUUUCAAACUCUUCAAGUCAAGGAAAAUCACAAUUGAGGAAAUCAUUGUGACAAUUAUGGAGAUCAUUGAGAGUAAGGAAAUAAAGCAACAAGAAGGGCUGAAGUUUGAAAGUAUCAGAGGAGAGGUCUCUGUUGUGGAUCUUUUGGAGCUUGACAUUGUGGAUGAAAAAACAUACAACAGUUUGCUUGAGGGAAAUAUGACAAGCGCCGAUGUAAUAAAAAUGAACAGUGUGAGAGACUACCUACAAGGAAAAAGUUGCCUAGCUGGGGUGAUAACACAACCCUCAAAGCAGAAGCUAAGCAUCUCUGAAGCCCAGAGAAUUGGUAUUCUCACACCUGGCACAGCCCUUUGCCUCCUUGAAGCACAAGCAGCCACUGGGUUCAUUGUUGAGCCUCUGAAAAACAAAAAACUAACAGUGGAACAAGCUCUCAGAGAAAAGGUAAUCGGUCCACAGGUGUAUGAAAAGCUUUUGUCUGCAGAGAGGGCUGUCACAGGUUACACAGAUCCUUAUACUGGCCAAAAGAUCUCACUUUUCCAAGCCUUGAAAAAGGAUCUAAUUGUCAAACAGCAUGGCAUCCGUUUACUUGAGGCACAGAUUGCAACAGGUGGUAUCAUUGAUCCCUUAAAGUGUCUUCACUUACCUCUUGAGGUUGCAUACAGGAAAGGAUAUUUUGACGCUGAACUUAAUCAAAUCCUAUCAGACCCAACUGAUGACACGAAGGGCUUUUUUGACCCAAAAACACAAGACAAUCUGACAUACAUGGAGAUGUUGGGCAGAUGUGUAAAAGAUGAGGAAACAGGACUGUUACUUCUACCACUGAAUGACAUACCAAAAGCUGUGGGAACAAAGGCAAACAUGUAUACUGAUACAGAGAUAAAGCAAGAGUUUGAAAAGACAGAUGUGAGCCUAUUAGUAGGACGCUACUCAGGAAAAUCAGUUUCCCUAUGGGACUUGAUUCACUCAGGGUACUUCACUGAGGAUCAGCGGCUAGAAUUAAUUGAAAAAUACAGAACAAGGAAGAUUAACAUACAGACAAUAAUCACAUUAAUGAUUUCUACUAUUGAAAAUCUGGAGAUGAGUGAAACUCCCAAAAUGAUAAUGGGCUUGAGAAAGCCUGUCUCUGCACAACAACUACUGGAUUCUGAUAUUGUUGAUGCAGCUACAUUCAAACUGGUGAAAGAAGGAAAACUCGCUUUCGAAGAAGUAACCCAACGUGAAUCCGUGAGGAGAUACCUGAAUGGAACUGGAGGAAUUGCUGGAAUCAAGGUUCAUCUAUCCCAGAAAGUCAUGAGCAUAUAUGAAGCAAAAAAGAAAGAUCUGUUGACACCUGGCAUUGCACUUCUUCUGCUUGAAGCACAGGCUGCAACAGGAUGGGUAAUCGAUCCUCUCAAAAACAAGUUCUAUACUGUUGAUGAAGCAGCAAAAGAAAAAGUAAUUGGCCCAGAUGUACAUGAGCAGCUUCUUUCAGCCGAACGAGCUGUCACUGGCUAUAAAGAUCCAUACACAGAUGCAACAGUAUCACUGUUUGAAGCUAUGAAAAAACAGCUGAUUCAAAGAAGUGAUGGCUUUCGUCUUCUUGAAGCACAGAUAGCAACUGGAGGAAUCAUUGACCCGAAUCAAAGUCACAGGCUACCUCUUCAUGUCGCUAUUAAAAAAGGAUAUCUGGAUGAGGAAAUAAGUAACAUACUGUUGAACCCCACUGAUGAUGCUAAGGGAUUCUUUGACCCAAAUACCAAAGAAAACCUCUCCUACCUUCAAUUGAUAAAACGAUGUGAGAAAGAUCCUGAAACUGGGCUUCUUCUCCUACCCCUGUAUGAAGAGAAAUCCUUAUCAUCCAAAGAAAAAAAGUUCAAAGGACUAAGAAAGCAGGUCUCAGCAAGUGAGCUGUACGAGUCAAAGAUUAUCUCAAAGGAGCUUUUCACACAGAUUAUACAAGGAGAAGUAACUGAAGAAAAUGUUGAUAAAAUGGAAUCAAUACAAAAGUACCUCGGAGCUACAAACUGCAUAGCAGGGGUCAGAGUUGAGACUACAAAGAAAGUUAUGAGCAUCUAUGAGGCCAAAACGAAAGGCCUGCUGAAACCUGGUACAUCUCUGACUCUGCUGGAGGCGCAAGCCGCCACUGGAUUUGUCAUUGACCCAGUGAAAAACAAGAAACUGUCGGUGAAGGAAGCUGUAGCCCAAGGAGUGGUUGGCAGUGAAUGGAAAAAUAAACUGGUUUCAGCUGAGCGAGCAGUUACAGGAUACAAAGAUCCAUAUACCGGAGAGACAAUUUCUUUAUUCCAGGCCAUGAAAAAAGAUCUCAUUGUGAAAGAUCAUGGCAUUCGUCUCCUCGAAGCACAAAUUGCCACAGGAGGAAUAAUUGACCCAGUGCACAGUCACAGAGUGCCUGUGCAGGUGGCAUACCAAAGAGGUUACUUUGAUGAAGAAAUGAAUCAGAUUCUGUCUGAUCCCGAUGAUGAUACCAAGGGCUUUUUUGAUCCCAACACGCAAGACAACCUCACCUAUCUCCAGCUGGUCGAUAGAUGUGUCACAGACCCAAUCACAGGCCUUAGUUUACUGGUCAUUGUGAAGAAAGGCGAGUUUUAUUUCUUUGUUGAUGAGGCAACAAAACUCAUUCUGAAGUCUACAACAACAACCAAAGCAGGGGGAAGAUAUCAAGGAAUAUCAGUGUCGCUGUGGGAUCUUUUGUACUCCAAAUACAUCACAGAGGAGAAGAGGAGAGAGCUUGUGCAACAGUACGAGUCUGGGGCAAUCACAAUUGAACGCUUCUUGGAGAUCAUCUUGACGAUCAUUCAGCAGCAGACCACAACAACCUCAUCAUCAUCAUCAGUCAUUAAAUGUCAACUACCAGAAACAAAAGUAGACAGCAGCACAACAAAAACUACCAUGACGACUACAGUCACAGAGACAAGUGAAGUUAAAAAGUUCCAUGGAAUAAGAAAGGACGUUAGUGCUACUGAGCUGGUUGAAUCCAAAAUCAUCAGUGAGGAUCUCUACAAAGAUCUUAGCGCUGGAAAAGUCACAGUGUCAGAAGUGAGUGAACUGGUCUCUGUCCAGAAGUACCUAGAGGGGACCAACAGCAUUGCAGGAGUGUACCUGCAGUCCACCAAAGAAACCCUAAGCAUCUAUGAAGCCAAAUGCAGAAGAUUGCUGACCCCUGGUACAUCUCUGGUACUGCUGGAAGCCCAAGCUGCCACUGGUUUUGUCAUUGACCCAGUGAAAAACAAGAAACUGUCAGUGGAGGAAGCCGCAGCUCAGGGAGUGGUUGGCGGUGACUGGAAAAACAAACUGCUUUCAGCAGAACGAGCAGUUACGGGAUACAAAGAUCACUACACUGGUAACACUAUUUCUCUGUUCCAAGCCUUGAAAAAAGAUCUUAUUGUGAAAGAUCAUGGCAUUCGUCUCCUUGAAGCACAAAUUGCCACAGGAGGAAUAAUUGACCCAGUGCACAGUCACAGAGUGCCUGUACAGGUGGCAUACCAAAGAGGUUACUUUGAUGAGGAAAUGAACCAGAUUCUGUCUGAUCCCGAUGAUGAUACCAAGGGCUUUUUUGAUCCCAACACACAAGAGAACCUCACCUAUCUCCAGCUGAUUGAGAGGUGUAUCACAGAUCCUGUCACAGGCCUUAGUUUACUGGUCAUUGUGAAGAAAGGCGAGUUUUAUUUCUUUGUUGAUGAGGCAACAAAACUCAUUCUGAAGUCUACAACAACAACAAAAGCAGGGGGAAGAUAUCAAAGAAUAUCAGUGUCGCUGUGGGAUCUCUUGUACUCCAAAUACAUCACAGAGGAGAAGAGGAGAGAGCUUGUGCAACAGUACAAGUCUGGGGCAAUCACAAUUGAAUGCUUCUUGGAGAUCAUCUUGACGAUCAUUCAGCAGCAGACCACAACAACCUCAUCAUCAUCAUCAUCAUCAUCAUCAGUCAUAAAAUGUCAAAUACCAGAAACAAAAGUAGACAGCAGCACAACAAAAACUACCAUGACGACUACAGUCACAGAGACAAGUGAAGUUAAAAAGUUCCAUGGAAUAAGAAAGGACGUUAGUGCUACUGAGCUGGUUGAAUCCAAAAUCAUCAGUGAGGAUCUCUACAAAGAUCUUAGCGCUGGAAAAGUCACAGUGUCAGAAGUGAGUGAACUGGUCUCUGUCCAGAAGUACCUAGAGGGGACCAACAGCAUUGCAGGAGUGUACCUGCAGUCCACCAAAGAAACCCUAAGCAUCUAUGAAGCCAAAUGCAAAAGAUUGCUGACCCCUGGUACAUCUCUGGUACUGCUGGAAGCCCAAGCUGCCACUGGUUUUGUCAUUGACCCAGUGAAAAACAAGAAACUGUCAGUGGAGGAAGCCGCAGCUCAGGGAGUGGUUGGCGGUGACUGGAAAAACAAACUGCUUUCAGCAGAACGAGCAGUUACGGGAUACAAAGAUCCCUACACUGGAGACACAAUUUCUCUGUUCCAAGCUUUGAAAAAAGAUCUUAUUGUGAAAGAUCAUGGCAUUCGUCUCCUUGAAGCACAAAUUGCCACAGGAGGAAUAAUUGACCCAGUGCACAGUCACAGAGUGCCUGUACAGGUGGCAUACCAAAGAGGUUACUUUGAUGAGGAAAUGAACCAGAUUCUGUCUGAUCCCGAUGAUGAUACCAAGGGCUUUUUUGAUCCCAACACACAAGAGAACCUCACCUAUCUCCAGCUGAUUGAGAGGUGUAUCACAGAUCCUGUCACAGGCCUUAGUUUACUGGUCAUUGUGAAGAAAGGCGAGUUUUAUUUCUUUGUUGAUGAGGCAACAAAACUCAUUCUGAAGUCUACAACAACAACAAAAGCAGGGGGAAGAUAUCAAGGAAUAUCAGUGUCGCUGUGGGAUCUCUUGUACUCCAAAUACAUCACAGAGGAGAAGAGGAGAGAGCUUGUGCAACAGUACAAGUCUGGGGCAAUCACAAUUGAACGCUUCUUGGAGAUCAUCUUGACGAUCAUUCAGCAGCAGACCACAACAACCUCAUCAUCAUCAUCAGUCAUUAAAUGUCAACUACCAGAAACAAAAGUAGACAGCAGCACAACAAAAACUACCAUGACGACUACAGUCACAGAGACAAGUGAAGUUAAAAAGUUCCAUGGAAUAAGAAAGGACGUUAGUGCUACUGAGCUGGUUGAAUCCAAAAUCAUCAGUGAGGAUCUCUACAAAGAUCUUAGCGCUGGAAAAGUCACAGUGUCAGAAGUGAGUGAACUGGUCUCUGUCCAGAAGUACCUAGAGGGGACCAACAGCAUUGCAGGAGUGUACCUGCAGUCCACCAAAGAAACCCUAAGCAUCUAUGAAGCCAAAUGCAGAAGAUUGCUGACCCCUGGUACAUCUCUGGUACUGCUGGAAGCCCAAGCUGCCACUGGUUUUGUCAUUGACCCAGUGAAAAACAAGAAACUGUCAGUGGAGGAAGCCGCAGCUCAGGGAGUGGUUGGCGGUGACUGGAAAAACAAACUGCUUUCAGCAGAACGAGCAGUUACGGGAUACAAAGAUCACUACACUGGUAACACUAUUUCUCUGUUCCAAGCCUUGAAAAAAGAUCUUAUUGUGAAAGAUCAUGGCAUUCGUCUCCUUGAAGCACAAAUUGCCACAGGAGGAAUAAUUGACCCAGUGCACAGUCACAGAGUGCCUGUACAGGUGGCAUACCAAAGAGGUUACUUUGAUGAGGAAAUGAACCAGAUUCUGUCUGAUCCCGAUGAUGAUACCAAGGGCUUUUUUGAUCCCAACACACAAGAGAACCUCACCUAUCUCCAGCUGAUUGAGAGGUGUAUCACAGAUCCUGUCACAGGCCUUAGUUUACUGGUCAUUGUGAAGAAAGGCGAGGUUUAUUUCUUUGUUGAUGAGGCAACAAAACUCAUUCUGAAGUCUACAACAACAACAAAAGCAGGGGGAAGAUAUCAAGGAAUAUCAGUGUCGCUGUGGGAUCUCUUGUACUCCAAAUACAUCACAGAGGAGAAGAGGAGAGAGCUUGUGCAACAGUACAAGUCUGGGGCAAUCACAAUUGAACGCUUCUUGGAGAUCAUCUUGACGAUCAUUCAGCAGCAGACCACAACAACCUCAUCAUCAUCAUCAUCAUCAUCAUCAGUCAUCAAAUGUCAAAUACCAGAAACAAAAGUAGACAGCAGAACAACAAAAACUACCAUGACGACUACAGUCACAGAGACAAGUGAAGUUAAAAAGUUCCAUGGAAUAAGAAAGGACGUUAGUGCUACUGAGCUGGUUGAAUCCAAAAUCAUCAGUGAGGAUCUCUACAAAGAUCUUAGCGCUGGAAAAGUCACAGUGUCAGAAGUGAGUGAACUGGUCUCUGUCCAGAAGUACCUAGAGGGGACAAACAGCAUUGCAGGAGUGUACCUGCAGUCCACCAAAGAAACCCUAAGCAUCUAUGAAGCCAAAUGCAAAAGAUUGCUGACCCCUGGUACAUCUCUGGUACUGCUGGAAGCCCAAGCUGCCACUGGUUUUGUCAUUGACCCAGUGAAAAACAAGAAACUGUCAGUGGAGGAAGCCGCAGCUCAGGGAGUGGUUGGCGGUGACUGGAAAAACAAACUGCUUUCAGCAGAACGAGCAGUUACGGGAUACAAAGAUCCCUACACUGGAGACACAAUUUCUCUGUUCCAAGCUUUGAAAAAAGAUCUUAUUGUGAAAGAUCAUGGCAUUCGUCUCCUUGAAGCACAAAUUGCCACAGGAGGAAUAAUUGACCCAGUGCACAGUCACAGAGUGCCUGUACAGGUGGCAUACCAAAGAGGUUACUUUGAUGAGGAAAUGAACCAGAUUCUGUCUGAUCCCGAUGAUGAUACCAAGGGCUUUUUUGAUCCCAACACACAAGAGAACCUCACCUAUCUCCAGCUGAUUGAGAGGUGUAUCACAGAUCCUGUCACAGGCCUUAGUUUACUGGUCAUUGUGAAGAAAGGCGAGUUUUAUUUCUUUGUUGAUGAGGCAACAAAACUCAUUCUGAAGUCUACAACAACAACAAAAGCAGGGGGAAGAUAUCAAGGAAUAUCAGUGUCGCUGUGGGAUCUCUUGUACUCCAAAUACAUCACAGAGGAGAAGAGGAGAGAGCUUGUGCAACAGUACAAGUCUGGGGCAAUCACAAUUGAACGCUUCUUGGAGAUCAUCUUGACGAUCAUUCAGCAGCAGACCACAACAACCUCAUCAUCAUCAUCAGUCAUUAAAUGUCAACUACCAGAAACAAAAGUAGACAGCAGCACAACAAAAACUACCAUGACGACUACAGUCACAGAGACAAGUGAAGUUAAAAAGUUCCAUGGAAUAAGAAAGGACGUUAGUGCUACUGAGCUGGUUGAAUCCAAAAUCAUCAGUGAGGAUCUCUACAAAGAUCUUAGCGCUGGAAAAGUCACAGUGUCAGAAGUGAGUGAACUGGUCUCUGUCCAGAAGUACCUAGAGGGGACCAACAGCAUUGCAGGAGUGUACCUGCAGUCCACCAAAGAAACCCUAAGCAUCUAUGAAGCCAAAUGCAGAAGAUUGCUGACCCCUGGUACAUCUCUGGUACUGCUGGAAGCCCAAGCUGCCACUGGUUUUGUCAUUGACCCAGUGAAAAACAAGAAACUGUCAGUGGAGGAAGCCGCAGCUCAGGGAGUGGUUGGCGGUGACUGGAAAAACAAACUGCUUUCAGCAGAACGAGCAGUUACGGGAUACAAAGAUCACUACACUGGUAACACUAUUUCUCUGUUCCAAGCCUUGAAAAAAGAUCUUAUUGUGAAAGAUCAUGGCAUUCGUCUCCUUGAAGCACAAAUUGCCACAGGAGGAAUAAUUGACCCAGUGCACAGUCACAGAGUGCCUGUACAGGUGGCAUACCAAAGAGGUUACUUUGAUGAGGAAAUGAACCAGAUUCUGUCUGAUCCCGAUGAUGAUACCAAGGGCUUUUUUGAUCCCAACACACAAGAGAACCUCACCUAUCUCCAGCUGAUUGAGAGGUGUAUCACAGAUCCUGUCACAGGCCUUAGUUUACUGGUCAUUGUGAAGAAAGGCGAGGUUUAUUUCUUUGUUGAUGAGGCAACAAAACUCAUUCUGAAGUCUACAACAACAACAAAAGCAGGGGGAAGAUAUCAAGGAAUAUCAGUGUCGCUGUGGGAUCUCUUGUACUCCAAAUACAUCACAGAGGAGAAGAGGAGAGAGCUUGUGCAACAGUACAAGUCUGGGGCAAUCACAAUUGAACGCUUCUUGGAGAUCAUCUUGACGAUCAUUCAGCAGCAGACCACAACAACCUCAUCAUCAUCAUCAUCAUCAUCAUCAGUCAUCAAAUGUCAAAUACCAGAAACAAAAGUAGACAGCAGAACAACAAAAACUACCAUGACGACUACAGUCACAGAGACAAGUGAAGUUAAAAAGUUCCAUGGAAUAAGAAAGGACGUUAGUGCUACUGAGCUGGUUGAAUCCAAAAUCAUCAGUGAGGAUCUCUACAAAGAUCUUAGCGCUGGAAAAGUCACAGUGUCAGAAGUGAGUGAACUGGUCUCUGUCCAGAAGUACCUAGAGGGGACCAACAGCAUUGCAGGAGUGUACCUGCAGUCCACCAAAGAAACCCUAAGCAUCUAUGAAGCCAAAUGCAAAAGAUUGCUGACCCCUGGUACAUCUCUGGUACUGCUGGAAGCCCAAGCUGCCACUGGUUUUGUCAUUGACCCAGUGAAAAACAAGAAACUGUCAGUGGAGGAAGCCGCAGCUCAGGGAGUGGUUGGCGGUGACUGGAAAAACAAACUGCUUUCAGCAGAACGAGCAGUUACGGGAUACAAAGAUCCCUACACUGGAGACACAAUUUCUCUGUUCCAAGCUUUGAAAAAAGAUCUUAUUGUGAAAGAUCAUGGCAUUCGUCUCCUUGAAGCACAAAUUGCCACAGGAGGAAUAAUUGACCCAGUGCACAGUCACAGAGUGCCUGUACAGGUGGCAUACCAAAGAGGUUACUUUGAUGAGGAAAUGAACCAGAUUCUGUCUGAUCCCGAUGAUGAUACCAAGGGCUUUUUUGAUCCCAACACACAAGAGAACCUCACCUAUCUCCAGCUGAUUGAGAGGUGUAUCACAGAUCCUGUCACAGGCCUUAGUUUACUGGUCAUUGUGAAGAAAGGCGAGUUUUAUUUCUUUGUUGAUGAGGCAACAAAACUCAUUCUGAAGUCUACAACAACAACAAAAGCAGGGGGAAGAUAUCAAGGAAUAUCAGUGUCGCUGUGGGAUCUCUUGUACUCCAAAUACAUCACAGAGGAGAAGAGGAGAGAGCUUGUGCAACAGUACAAGUCUGGGGCAAUCACAAUUGAACGCUUCUUGGAGAUCAUCUUGACGAUCAUUCAGCAGCAGACCACAACAACCUCAUCAUCAUCAUCAGUCAUUAAAUGUCAACUACCAGAAACAAAAGUAGACAGCAGCACAACAAAAACUACCAUGACGACUACAGUCACAGAGACAAGUGAAGUUAAAAAGUUCCAUGGAAUAAGAAAGGACGUUAGUGCUACUGAGCUGGUUGAAUCCAAAAUCAUCAGUGAGGAUCUCUACAAAGAUCUUAGCGCUGGAAAAGUCACAGUGUCAGAAGUGAGUGAACUGGUCUCUGUCCAGAAGUACCUAGAGGGGACCAACAGCAUUGCAGGAGUGUACCUGCAGUCCACCAAAGAAACCCUAAGCAUCUAUGAAGCCAAAUGCAAAAGAUUGCUGACCCCUGGUACAUCUCUGGUACUGCUGGAAGCCCAAGCUGCCACUGGUUUUGUCAUUGACCCAGUGAAAAACAAGAAACUGUCAGUGGAGGAAGCCGCAGCUCAGGGAGUGGUUGGCGGUGACUGGAAAAACAAACUGCUUUCAGCAGAACGAGCAGUUACGGGAUACAAAGAUCCCUACACUGGAGACACAAUUUCUCUGUUCCAAGCUUUGAAAAAAGAUCUUAUUGUGAAAGAUCAUGGCAUUCGUCUCCUUGAAGCACAAAUUGCCACAGGAGGAAUAAUUGACCCAGUGCACAGUCACAGAGUGCCUGUACAGGUGGCAUACCAAAGAGGUUACUUUGAUGAGGAAAUGAACCAGAUUCUGUCUGAUCCCGAUGAUGACACCAAGGGCUUUUUUGAUCCCAACACACAAGAGAACCUCACCUAUCUCCAGCUAAUUGAGAGGUGUAUCACAGACCCUGUCACAGGCCUUAGUUUACUGGUCAUUGUGAAGAAAGGCGAGUUUUAUUUCUUUGUUGAUGAGGCAACAAAACUCAUUCUGAAGUCUACAACAACAACAAAAGCAGGGGGAAGAUAUCAAGGAAUAUCAGUGUCGCUGUGGGAUCUCUUGUACUCCAAAUACAUCACAGAGGAGAAGAGGAGAGAGCUUGUGCAACAGUACAAGUCUGGGGCUAUCACAAUUGAAUGCUUCUUGGAGAUCAUUUUGACGAUCAUUCAACAGCAGACCACAACAACCUCAUCAUCAUCAUCAGUCAUCAAAUGUCAACUACCAGAAACAAAAAUGGACAGCAGAACAACAAAAACUACCAUAACAACUACAAUCACAGAGACAAGUGAAGUUAAAAAGUUCCAUGGAAUAAGAAAGGACGUUAGUGCUACAGAGCUGCUUGAAUCAAAAAUCAUCAAUGCGGAUAUAUACAAAGAUCUUAGCGCUGGAAAAGUCACAGUGUCAGAAGUGAGUGUACUAGACUCUGUCCGGAAGUACCUAGAGGGGACCAACAGCAUUGCAGGAGUGUACCUGCAGUCCACCAAAGAAACACUAAGCAUCUAUGAAGCCAAAAGGAAAAGCCUGCUGACCCCUGGUACAUCUCUGGUACUGCUGGAAGCCCAAGCUGCAACUGGUUUUGUCAUUGACCCAGUGAAAAACAAGAAACUGUCAGUGGAGGAAGCCGCAGCUGAGGGAGUGAUUGGCGGUGACUGGAAAAACAAACUGCUUUCAGCAGAACGAGCAGUUACGGGAUACAAAGAUCCCUACACUGGAGACACAAUUUCUCUAUUCCAAGCCUUGAAAAAAGAUCUUAUUGUGAAAGAUCAUGGCAUCCGUCUCCUUGAAGCACAAAUUGCCACAGGAGGAAUAAUUGACCCAGUGCACAGUCACAGAUUGCCAGUGGAGGUGGCAUACAAAAGAGGCUACUUUGAUGAGGAAAUGAACCAGAUUCUGUCUGAUCCCGAUGAUGAUACCAAGGGCUUUUUUGACCCCAACACAAAAGAAAACCUCACCUAUCUCCAACUCCUUGAGAGAUGUAUGACAGAUCCCCUUACAGGCCUUUGUUUAUUGCCCUUGCAUAAGUGAAGAUCUUUUUUCAACCAUUUGUUCCUGUGAUUUGCUUAAAUCAUUUGAAGCUUUCUACUGUAAGUUAGUAAUAAUUCCUCUUUGUAGUAUUUUCUCUCUUGUAUCUCUAUGUAUAAUAUUGGAAAUAGUUUGUGGUUGUUCUUGAAGAAAGCCAGUGAUAAAAAUACAUGAAUAUUGUACUGUACCUAACACUUGUGGUGUUUCAUGGUUGGAGAAUAGAAUAAAAAGUGUGUUAGAGAAAAACGGUCUAUGCCAUAAUGGGAAUAUAUUGUUAAAAAAUCAAAGUUGUUUUGCUCACCAUGUGCCCUAUAAACAUUUUUCAUGACCAGCUGUCGUGAUUUCUGAAGAAAUUAAGAAAAUGCUAUUCCAUUAAAAUUCAACACAUUGCGAAUUAAAUGUUGGAAGAUAAAACUGCAUUUGAUAUGUCAAAUGUUUGCUUUGACUUUAGGAUGAGUUCAUAUUGAAAAAUAUGGUACAUAUUUGUGGGCCGUCUUUUUUGUUUUUCAUACAUCACACAUUUUGGAUUUAUGAUACAUAUUUUCAUUGAUUUAAUAUUGGUUUAUGCUAUAUGGGAUCUGUGGGUUUGAUUGCUCUUACUCAUACAAAUCAAUGUAUCAAAUUUAAUACAGCUAGAUGAGGUUCAGUUUAGCCUACUUUUACCUUGCCUACAGAAGCUGGACUUAUAUUUUGUAUGAGUUUGGCUAGAGCUUUUUUUUUUUUUUUUUUUUUUUUUAAACUUAAAUAUGUUGUAUUUUCUUCUCAAGUAAAUGUGAGUGGACUGGAUAUUAGUUAUGUCAGGCCUGCUUUGGCUUCAUCUCAAUUUCAGCCAUGCACUCAUUCUGGAUUUGACUGUUUUUGUAAAACCUUUCUUCCCUAAACUAAUUGUGUCGCCCAAUAAAUAAGUGAGAUGUGAGUGCUAGGUCUUGUCUUCUUUUCAGUCAUUUUGACAUUUUUGGAUAUGUCAUGCUG